AAACAUUUGCACAGCACGAGAGAAUGCCUCCAAAGACACGCUCAAAGCCAGGCUCAAAAUCCGGUAAAGGACCGCAGCCCACCGCCUCCAAUGACGCCCCCGAAACACCCGACCAACAAAGCACGCCCAUCCGUCGUCGUAAGCGACCCAACAUUCCCGCUCCCGUUGCGCUCAAAACCCUCCGUUCCGUCCUCUCCGACCUCCGAACGCUACGAGAGACACGUGAACCAACCGUACUACGUACACCACUCGUACGGGACGCAACUGGGGCUUUAAUACCUGACAAGAAUAAGGCGUUGGUGGGGUACGAGGAGGCUUUGGUCGGGUUGUUGGAGCGGUUGGAUGCUGUGGAUACACAGGGGGUUAGUGCUGUGAGGGAUGCCCGUAAAAAUGCAAUUCAGGCUGUGCAGGAUCGGUUGGCUGUUUUGGAUGCCUACAAGAGGGGAGAAGCUGUGCCCGUUGAGUUUGUUGGAAACGAGAAUGUGGUACCGGAACGGCCGUGGUUUGGGGGGUGGUCGAGUGUGGUUGUUGUGGGGAUUGCGGGUGUUGCGGCUGCGGCUGCAUUGGGAUAUCUGCCUGACCAACAAACGAUUCUGAGCCAACUGCAAUCCAUAGUCACGACAGUCUCUGCAACAACUUGAAGACUCGAGUUGCAUGAAAGCAUCACACAUAUCGAGCACUUGAGGGUUUGCAUUACGACUAAUUAGGAUAUAUGAAUAUAUAUAACCUAAAACAGCAAUGUCUCCCAUAAAUAGCCAUAUGACAAGUGGCUUGGCCUUGUUACUUAAACAUUCGAAAGCCCAGCUCUCGCCAACUCUGCUGCCAUGAAGAGGCCUUCAAGCAAGAAAUGUGAAUGAAGAUCCUACUCAUAUCCCAUCUCUGUGAUGCGUUUGUUCCAAGCUCGAGACUUGCAAACGGUGACAAGUAUCAUGUGCUUGGAUGGUUUUCUGUCCAUCAUUAUAAAUAAUAACUACGUCUUCAGAUUUAGACAAUUACGUCCGGAGGUCCAGAGUCAGUUUUAUUUUUGGGCAUUCAAAACGUCGUGUCAAUUGGCAUGGAAAAGGACGUAAAGGAAAAAAGAAAGCCCUCAAACGUGGCUGCUUGUUCUAAAAGCAAUCACAUAAGGCACUGGUCAAAUACCAACGUUAUAAAUUGGAGAACCUUUGUCCCUUCCCCUUGACUUUAUACGAUCUAGUUAUUCCUCCUAUUAGUACCAGAUGCCCAAGAGAUCACGCGAACAGCGUAUUGUUACAUGGUUGAAAAAGGAAUUGGUUAUUCCAAAGCGAAUACCAGAUUCAGUCUUGGUUCCGAGUUUACAAGCAUUUUUAAAUCCGCCUGUCGCUGUAAGUUAUUCUUUCUGUUAUUAGUAAAAGAAUAAAGCAUGAAAAUCCAGAAUUUGACCAACG